GUAAUCAGAUAAUCAUGAUAAUGACACUUGAGAAACUGUAACUGGUCAUUGGCAUUCUGAUUUCUAUGGGAUUGACAACCUGUCUUCUGCCUUUGGGUGCACGACAUUAUCAAACACCUAGACUGUGUGUGAACUGCAACAUUUGUUGGCAGCCUGAAGCUUUACCAUUGGCGGCCUGUGCUAUCUGCUGGAUGAGACAUUAUCCUUUCUAUCUCAUUUUGAUUUUCAUCUGUGAUGGUUGUCAUUCUAUUAGUUCGUGAGAGCAGCAGUUGUUUAUACUUCUCCUGUACGCGAUGGUGAACUAGCAGGCAUUUACUGCGGAUAGGGAAACAUGGAGGCUGUCCUGCCUGGUGUGUCGAAACCCUGAUAUUGGAAUUCAGUCAUUUGAACUUCACAUUCUGCGAUAGGAGACCUGAUUGUGAAGCAGACAUGUAUAUGACUGCAGUAGUGGUGGCUCUGCUGGGUGUAGCAGUUGGCCUUGGAGGUUCUGCUGUGGGUAUAGGGUUGCCGUACCUACUUGUUUUGUUACUGACCUUUGUUGGUGGAUACUUGGGAGCUGCUAGUAUUGUCCACCGUCUAUGUUCAGCCUCUCUUCCAGCCAGUGUUUGGAGAAGAAUUCUUCAAUUGCCUGGGCUGAAUAGGUUUGACCCAGUCCAGGCUACGCUGAACUUUGUCCCACGCCGUGAACGGCCGGUGCGGCAUGUCAGUGUCUGUCUGCACCAGGAAACGGAGGCCAUCUUCGACUUGAUUGUGCGUGACUUUGUCAUGUCCUGGUACGAGUGGAUAUCCAAUGAUCAAUUUGUGCCAGAUGAAGUAGCCAUGACACUGCAUGAUGUGCUGGAGCGAGCACAUGGACUAUUCCAGCAAGUGGAUCAGUAUGAGUUAUUCCGAGAAAUCAUUUUGCUGGGCCGCAUUCAUGUGACUUGCUAUCAGCUGGCUGUUGAAAACGUGGAUCGUAAGGAAUCAGCUCCUGACUAUCACGAAGGACUUGCCCGUCAGUACCAGAAGGAACUGAGUAAGCUCGUCGACAAUCAGCUGGACUCUGGUGGUGAGCAGGAGUUCUUGCGUCGUGUUGCCGACCUGCUUCUCGGCAUGCUACUUCCAAUGAGUGACUUGGGCUGUGAGCCAGCACGACAACUACUCAACGAUGUGCUCUCCGUUAAUGUUCUACAACAGGUUGUUGAGCUUAUCAUAGAUCCAAACUGGAUCAAUGAAAUUAUUGUUAUUGCGUUAAGUGAGACACCGAAAGAAACCCUAGAAAUGAUUGAAUCAUUUGACGAGAGCCCAAAGGAAAAAGAACAGAACUCACCUUCUGAAGAACUAAAAAAAACCAUUGGCUACCCAGCGAUCAGCACCGUUGGGCAGGCUACUUCAGCGAGGAGCACCGCCAGUGAGCGCACUUUGCAGUACCCUGUGGCACCUGCUGCUGCUGCUGCCUCACUUGCCGUCCCUGCAGCAGAACAUGUUCGAUCACGUUGCGACCUGCCGGAAAUCACCGAGGCAGAUGCCUUGGGUGAGAGUGAGGAUGACGUAGGCCUGGAUUGUUCAGCCAUUGUCAGUAAGCUUGGGUCCGACGUGAUUGGCAUCGUUGGGCGCCAGCUUGUGCGGCGAUCGUCGCUUGAAAUGGAGUAUGUCAGUUAUGAUAUUCAGUUCAAGCCAGCCUUACUGUGGCCAGAAACUAAGUUCACGUUUGAGGCUGUAAGAGAAGUUUCAAGGCGCUACAAGCAGUUCGAUGCACUGUUCGCCCGAAUGAAGGAUAAUGUUCGCUUGAGCAAGACGUUACAAGGAAUUGAUUUGCCCGGAAAGCGCAUCCUUCCUCUCCUGACGCAAGCACAAGCUGAUGAAUUUGGCCGGACUCGUCAAGAACAGCUUGACGCUUUCUUGAAGGCUAUUUGCACGAGUGCAGCAUUGCGGCAGUGCGAGGAGUUCAAGUCGUUCCUCAGUGAUGGUGCCAUGCUAGGCCUGCCUCUCACCAGAAUAAGAAGUGACAUCAUCCGACGCCCUCUCACCCGGGUGUUUGAUGUUGUCACAGAUGUACUACGACCGAGAUCGCACAGUGGUCUUAUCAGCGAUGCUCUCCCUGCUUGGCAUUCUGAAGUUGGUGACAAGGGUGCAGUGGGUGUGUUUCGUGCGUUCACCCGCUCCUAUUCAACAGCACAUCUAAAGAUAGACCCCGCUACCAGUGCACAAGGCAGCGAUGGUGCCAUGACGGCUGUGGUGGCCUCGCUGGAACCUUCACCUGCUGCCGUGGAGUGGGAACUGCGCUGUCUACAGUGGCAGCAUCGUACCGACCAGGCUGUGCAUAGCACAUGGCGUGGCCAGAAUACUGUGGAGUGUGAGGAUGCACUACGCUCUGUUAUGUCCUUGCAGCAGCAGGUUGAUCCAAGACCCGAGCUUGAACCACGCAGUUUGUGCCCACGUGAUGCCGACUUUGCUAUUCUUGAUCGCCGGUGGCCUGUAGCUACUGCGUUAAUCGAAUUGGGUACUGGUGCCAUAGCCGAGCAAAACCUUCUGAAGUCCGACUUGGUUCAGAAACUUAUGCUCUGCGGCAUUGGAGCUAUAGUGGAUAGGUUUGUCUGCUCUGAGCUGGAUGAGUUGUUGCGUGAGCGGAGACUUGCUUAUAUUGUGCGACUGCUGCGAGAAACUCUGUGGCCCGAUGGUCACUGGCCAGAGACCUCGUCCCCUGUUACAAAGUCGGAAGAGGAACGGCAAGCUGCCAAGGAAGAAGCUUUGAAAAGCCUUAAGGAUUUUCUCCCAGGAUUCUUGCGAGUCUUCGUUGGACCUAGCGCAUAUGAUCGUGCCUUUGCUCAACUUGUCGAAUCGCUCCAGCACCGGGAGAUCAACAGGUGCCUGGCAUAUGCCUUGUUCAAUGUAGUCCUGGAAAGCUUGGCCUCGUUUCGGUCUCCAUCGGACUCGCCGCAGUCUGCCGAGCCAUCUAUUUCCUCAAAACUGCCUGCAUCAUAGUGCCCCGCUUACGUAUCGCAGAGCUGAUUUUUCAUAACCAGCACCACACUCUGACCGCUAGUGUUGGUUUACUUGAGUUUCUAUUCUAGGGAGAUUGUGAGGAGGUUUUUUUAACUUUUUACUUCGAAGUAUUGCUUUCUUGCUGCCGUGCAUGUCAGAUUUUAUUGGUAUCAAAAUUCAGCGUCUGGAGUGUUGGUUGCUCCGUAUUACUGUUACUUCUUGGCAAGCUGGCCAAUACGAGUAGUCUUGUCUUGCUUGUAGUCUUGCCCGUACGUACAGGCAGCAGUGCCGGCUACUGUGACCCUGUGAUUUAACGCCAAUAUUAGUCUUGAGAUCACUUACUUGACAUAGGUUGCUACAGGCCAGCUGGUAUGAUGCCUGUUCUUUAUGAUUAUCUUUAUUCUUUACUCUUGUCAGUGUUUGUCAUCACAUCUUGAUUUGUUCACUUUCUGGUUGCAGCCUAUGUGGUAUUUAUACAUGUUGCGUCAUGCUGGAAGAAGCUGUACGUGAAGAACACUAGUGUUUUAUUUUUUAUUUUUUUAGUUGGUUUUGUUUUAUUGCUGAUUGAACUGAUCGUGAAAUGACUAUCUGGACAUGUUUCUAUUCUUUGAAUGUUGUGAUUCUCUUUCCUGUUAUGAUGAUCCCUGAUCAUUGAUUAAUGUACUCGGGACUCUUGUUCCAACCAUGAA